UUACAUUUUUGGGAUUACUUUUGUGCGAAAAAUUGAGACUUUUUCAAGUGAAAAAACUACAGAUCGUACAAGUUUUACCUCUUGCUAUAUCUUUCUGUGGUUUUGUUGUGUUUACGAACUUGUCGCUAGGAUUCAACCACGGUUGGAACGUAUCAAAUAUUAAAAACUCUAACCAUGCCAACCAUAAUGUUUAUACAAACCACGCUUUACCAUCGACAGUUUUCAUGGAGGAUAAAAAUGACACUGGUGCCAAUUUCAUUAGGUGCUUAUCUCAAUUCUGCAUAUGAUAUAAAGUUUAAUAUUUUAGGAACCAUAUGUGCUCUUACUGGAGUAGUAAUUACUUCAUUUUAUCAGGUGUGGGUUGGUGAAAAACAGAAAGAGUUUCAGGUUAAUUCUAUGCAGCUGUUGUACUACCAAAUACCUAUGUCAGCAACAUUGCUGAUGGUUUGUCUGCCCUUUAUUGAGCCACCUUGGGCUCCUGAUGGAAUCUUUGAAAGACAUUGGAAUGCUUUGGACUUGGGUAUAGUGUUUCUAUCUAGUGUGAUAGCAUUCCUUGUUAACCUAUCUAUUUAUUGGAUUAUUGGAAACACAUCAGCUGUAACAUACAAUGUUAUUGGUCAAACUAAAUUUUGUCUGACGCUUUUAGGUGGAUAUCUUAUAUUUUUAGAGCCCCAUUCUUCCAAUUCAAUUUGGUGGUAUUUUGAUGACCAUGAUUGGCAUAUCGUUAUAUGCAUAUUUUAGAAUGCAGGAUCAAAAAAUGGCUUCCAUUCUUCCUUACAGCUCAAUAAAAUAGUACAGCUCAGUAUUUGUUUAGUUUAAUUGCGAAGUAUUUUUGUGUCACUAGUUUUUGUAACAAAUGACACUGAUUAUCAUUUUAUUGUAUUACUUUUUAUAUAGCCAUGUUUUUGUAAAUAAAUAUUUUUGUUACUUUUUUUAA